AUGGCCACCGACUACGAAUUCGAAGGAUGGAUGGGCGAGGAUGAGUCCUCUGCCGAGGGCAACAUGGUCUGGCAGAAGUACGAGCCUAAGACCUGGGAGGAGACAGAUGUCGACAUUCGGAUCACCCACUGCGGCAUCUGUGGCUCCGACAUGCACGUCCUUCGCUCUGAAUGGGUAAGCCUACUCGACGUCUACGCCAACGCCAACACAGGGACUGAACACAGGGACUGCAGGGCUGACCCCGUUUUCGACCACAUGCAGAGGCAAGCCCCCUACCCCGUGGUCGUGGGCCACGAAAUCGUCGGCGUCGGCGGCCUCGGCCACUUUGCCGUGCUCUUCGCCAAGGCCCUCGGCGCCGACGACAUUGUCGGCAUCUCGCGCAGGGCCAGCAAGAAGCAGGAGGCCCUCGACCUCGGCUGCACGGAUUACAUUGCCACCGCCGACGACGAGGGCUGGGAGACCAAGAACGCGCGCAGGCUGGAUCUCAUCAUCUGCACCGUGUCGUCCGCCAAGAUGCCCUUUGCCGGAUACAUCGGUCUCCUCCGGCUGGACGGCACGCUUGUGCAGGUCGGUCUUCCCGAGGGCGAGCUGCCGUUUCGCCCUGGCGUCCUCACCGGGGCGCGACGCCGUAUCGCCGGCUCCGGCAUCGGCUCGCCCAGUGAGAUCAGAGAGAUGCUGCAGCUGGCUGUCGACAAGGACGUCAAGCCGUGGGUGGAGGAGCGGCCCAUGUCCGAUGCGAACCAGGCCCUUGUUGAUUUCGAGGCCGGCAAGCCACGGUUCCGCUACGUUCUGACAAACUAG